AGGCGGGAGUAAUGGGUAUGUGGAUGUGGAUGGUUAGUUAUAAUCGGUUACCUUUGAAAUCAGAUCUAGCACAGGAAUGGGUUGUGUUUGUGUGCAAUUGCAGCUCCUACUCUUUCUUCCUUUCUUUCUUUCUGCAUCGGCUGGAUGCGAUAAGCCUCCGGUGCUAUUCGUCUUCGGCGAUUCCAACUCCGACACCGGUGGAGCCGCAGCCGGACUCGGUUACCCAAUCCAUCUUCCAAAUGGCCGCACUUUCUUUAAUACAUCCUCCGCUCGCAUCUCCGACGGACGCCUCCUCAUCGAUCUACUCUGCCAAACUUUGAAUGCAAGUUUGUUGCUACCCUACUUGGACUCCUUGUCUGGAACCUCAUUCACAAAUGGAGCAAACUUUGCAGUGGCGGGGUCCUCUACCCUCCCAAAAAAUGUUCCUUUCUCCCUUAAUAUACAACUCAUGCAGUUCCUCCGUUUCAAAGCUCGUACUCUUCAACUUGUUACCCAGGGUGCCAGAAAUUUGAUCAAUGAUGAAGGCUUCCGGGAUGCACUCUACUUGAUUGAUAUUGGACAAAACGACCUUGAUGAUGCAUUUUCCAAAAAUCUAUCGUAUGCGCAAGUCAUCGGGAGGAUCCCAGCAUUUAUAAUUGAAAUUGAGAAUGCUAUUAAGAUGCAGAGGAGUUCAAUAAAAACACUAUCAAGUGACCCUUUGAUUUACGCUUGAGCCGUUUAUUCAGACCAUAACAUAGUUGAUGCAGGAGCCAAGAGUUGUUUCUGCUACUUGCAGGCACGUGGAAAAUUCUGUUGCUAAAAGAUUACGAAUAAUCCUAAAUAUGAAAAUUUGCAUUUUUAAUCUUAUCUGUCUCAGAAAAAGAUAAAUCCUCAUUGAUGCAAAGCUAAAUUGAGACGAUAUUAAGAUCUUUUGUAUUUUAUGUAACCAAAUAACCCAAGGAAUCACUUUUUUUCUUCAUCUUA